GGCCCUCGACGCCGAGCCGCCGGCAGCUGUAGCCCGAUGGCAGACGUGCUGACGCUGGACAUCGGCGACCCGCCGAUCCUGGUCCACUACCCAGAUGAUGAGAACGGCUUCCUCUGGCACCACAGAGUGCUGCUCUUCAGGGUGUCGGACGACAUCUGGAUCAGCUUGACCCCUGAUCUCGCGCUGGUGCGCCUGAAGCUGCUGGACAUCCGGCACGAGGUGCUGGAGAGGCGAGCCCCGUUCCCCGCCCACUUGGGCAACCAGGUCUAUGCCCACGACCCCAUCGCCGCCGCCGCCCUGGCGGGCUUCCGCCGCCGUGCGAAGAUCCAGGGGCAGCUGCUGGGCGUGGGCCAGGUGGACGUGGUCGAGAGGAUGAUCUGGGUGGUGGCCGAGCCCCGGUCGGCGAGGUUCGGCGAGGUGAUCGACGCGGCCGUCAUGGACGACGACGCCCGCGGCACGGGCUUCGACACGAAGGGGGUGGCGGUCGUGGACGGAGAGGAGAUCUUCGUGCAGAAGAUCGCGGCCAGCAAGCUCGACGACUUCAAGAAGGAGACCAAGGCGGACCUCGGAGACGUGCGCACGCUCGGGGACCACCUCGACGAUGCUGGGCAGCGCUGUCUGAGGCUCUCGGAGGCGGUCGCGCUGAUGAGAGACACGGAUCAGCCGAACUUCCCGCUCGCCGGCGUGAGGAGCGUGAAGGAGUUCCUCGAGUCGGUGGCCUCCGGCCCUGGCAACAUGACAUCGUACCAGGCGGAGUGGGAGCGGCUCAGCGGAGUCGGUGAGGGUUCGGCAGUCAACCAUGUGCACCGCAACCUGUGCGAGGUGAUUCGGCUCAUGCACUCCUGGGACCAGGUCGACGCCUCCAUGUUGGCCUCUGCGGAGCUGAUCGUGCGCUGGCUGGUUCAGACGGAGAUAGUGGUUGAGCGCAACCCGCGCCACCCUGACUACAGCGGGCUGGACAUAGUGAUCUCAGCCCCGGUGAAUGCAGCGGGCCGCGCGACGACGAACAAGUUCAACUCCUGGGUCACCGACAAGCUCAAGGAGAGGGCGCAGAUCUGGAAGCAGGAGCGCCUGUACCGCGAGGAGCAGAAGACGAACCUGAAGGAGGGCAAGGGCGGCGACGGCUACGACCCGUCCAAGAAGAAGCUGAAGAAGAGAGGGGGCAAGGCCGGCGCCGAGGGCGCCGGCGAGGGAGCUCUGCGCGACAGCGGCAAGUUUUUUGACACGGUUCGGGCCCUGAACCAGCUUGCCGCCGCCAACGUGAAUUCACGUCGCGCCCAGGGGCACGACCGCGCACCAGAAGGGCACCUCCGGCCGACCGCCGUGCAGCAGUGGAUGAUCCAGAAUGUCGCCCGGCGUGUACUGGCGUAUGGGGAUUGCCCCACUGACCUCACAGAGGAGUCAUCGUUGCACGAGAUCCUCGACUCGAGAGACCACUACGGGAUGGAGCCCAAGAACUUGGCCAGCUUCGACUUCGACAAGGUCAAGAUCCUGCACAGGAAGGUCCACGUUCGGCCGAUACGUCGGGAGUUGCCCGCGUCGGCCGCUGGCUACCUUCGGCAUGCUUCCGACUUGAUCGAGAUGGACGAAGCGGAGCUUGAGAGAAAUCGUGCCGAGGGAGUGGGUGUCACGCCAUACUGGGACCCCCUCCUCCGGCGCUCGCGAGACCUUCGGAAGCGACUGUACCAGCGCCUGGACCAGCAGGGCCUGCUGACUUGGCGCCGGCGGCUGAAGGGGCAUGCGGGCAUCUUCGUGGUCAAGAAAAAGGAUGGGCUCCAGAGGUUGAUCAUCGACGCCCGAGCGGCCAAUCGGGCGCAUCGGCCACCUCCCACUACUCGGCUAGGCUCCUCGCGAUGCAUGGCCGACCUCGACCUCUCCGACCCCCGCCUGAAAGCAUCGGGCUUCGGGGGCCUCGGCUCUGGGGCCUUCAGCCCAGCUGGCCGCGAGGGGGACGUCGGGGACUGUUUCUACAACUUCACCAUCCCCGAGCUGGCGAGCUGGUUCGGCUUCGCAGACCAGUUCGGCACCCACGAGCUGACGGAGAUGGGCUGCCUGCCGGACUCGAUCUGGGACGACGCCGAGGGGGCCGAGACCAAGGUCGAGGACGGCGAGCUGCUCUACCCCUGCAUGCGCGCGGUGUGCAUGGGCUGGUCCUGGGCGCUCUACUUCGCCAACGAGGCCGUGACCUACCGAGUCCAGCGGGCGCUGCCCGACGGGGCCGAGAAGGUGAUGAGGGAGAUGCAGCUUGCCCCGACCAUCGAGCCCGGCAAGUGCGCUGCCGGAGUGCACGUGGACAACGUGCAGGUGAUCGGGGGCUGCGAGGCUGACGCCAACACUCAGAUGCAUGAAAUCGAGAAUCUUUUUCGAGAGGACCGGAUACCUUUCGACGUGGAGCCGGGGGACAGUUUGGAGAUGCAGUCCCUCGGCCUGGUGUACCACUGGCAGGAGCGUCGCCUGAGGCAUGUGGCUCGGCGCGUCUGGCGGACCUACAUGGCCGGACACGCCCUUUUGAGACGCCGCAAGCUCCACGGGCACGCGCUCCAGUGCUGGCUGGGGCACGUCGUGAACCUGAACCAGCUCUGCCCCGAGGCGAUGUCCGCGCUGAACGCCUGCUACCGCUUCAUCGAGGAGUCGCUGGAGUCGCCCAAGCGGGUCUGGCCCUCCGUGAAGUCCGAGAUCCGCUGCUCGAUGAACUUGCUCUUCCUGAUGGAGGCGGACCUGGGCGCGACCUACUCGGACCAGGUUUACUGCGGGGACUCGUCCGGUCGCGGCUACGCACUCCACGUGACGACCGCCGAGCCGACCGAGCUCCGAGAAGCCUGGAGGUGGAGAGAACGCUGGCGGUACCGCGACGUCCCGACGGUGACGGGUCACGUCAGCAGCGGGCUCGACUACGUGCGCGGCGGCACGCCCGGCACCGCCACUGGCCCGAGGACCGCCUUCGGCCAGUCCCUGCUGAGUCAGGCGGAGGCGCCGGAGGAGGCGAGCGGCCUGGCUCCCUCUCCGGCCCGAAGCCGCGCUGCGAAGCCGGCUCGAGGCCGCACCCAGCUGCAUCUUGACUCGGGCAUUCCCGCCUUGGAGGACAGCUGGGUGGCCAGGCGCCGCUACAAGCUGGUCGCCGCGGACCGCUGGCGCUGGCAGGACGAGCACAUCAACCUCAAGGAGGCGAGGGUCGCCUUGAUGGGGCUCCGACGGCACUGCCGAUCGGUGAAGUUCAUGGGCACAAAGCUGCUCUCGAUCAGCGACAGCCAGGUCACCGUCGGGGCCUUCGAGAAGGGCCGCUCCAGCGCGGGCCUGCAGGCCCUCUGCAGGCGCGCAGCCGCCUACCGCCUGGGGGGGCAGAUCUCCUGGCGGCUCAGGUACAUCGAGACUGACCGUAACCCGAGUGACGAGGACUCCCGGCGCUGGGACCUGAAGAAGCCGGCUGGGCUGAACCGGGGGCCCGAGCGUCGAGACGCCGCCCCGAGCCUGUCCGCUCCAGCUGCGAGCCCCAUCACCGUCCCGCGGAAGGACUCGCUGAUCAUGGCGACGGUGACCGGAGGCGCGCUGGAGAGGUACGCGACGGCAGUCCACGAGUUCGAGACCUACGCGAAGGAGAGGCGCCUGCCGCUGCAGCCGCUAGCACGCCUGGACGACAGCCUCUCCCUCUACUUCGUGGACCUGUUCGACGACGGCUUCGGGGUCUGGGAGGGGCGCAACGCUUUCUACGGGUACAAGCUGCUGAAACUCAGGACGACAGGCAAGGUCGACCUCCCAAAGGCGCUGGCCUCCCUGAAGGGUUGGACGAAGCGGGCGCCCGGGAGGAUGCGUCUGCCGCUGCCCGACAUCAUCGUGGACGACAUCGCGCUGGGCCUGGUGGAGCACGGGAACCCCCUGAUGGGGGCCGCGGUGGUGAUCCAGACAGACACCUACACGCGGCCCUCCGAGGUGGUGGGCCCGAGGCAGGGCCAGAUCUUGCCGCCGGCGCCGGUCGCGAAGCUCGGCGCGCACUAUGGCAUCGUCAUCGCGCCUUCGGAGUGGCACGAGACGACGAAGACGGGCGGCCAGGGCGACAGCCUGCUCGUGGGCGACGUGGCGAGGCCCUGGCUCACGAGCGUGCUGCGGCUGCUCCACAAGCCCAACGUGUCGGACAAGAAGAAGAUCUUCGACUUCACCCUCGGCGACUACGAGCGCGAGGUGAAGAAGUCGGCCUGCCGCCUGGGCUACACCCCCCUGGGCGCGUGCCCGCACGUCUUCCGGCACUCAGGCGCCAGCAAUGACAAGGCGCACUCCCGGAGGACGUUGAAAGAGGUUCAGAAGCGCGGACGAUGGGCAUCAUCCGCGUCGGUGGCUCGCUACGAGAAGGGGGCCCUGAUCUUGCAGCAGUUGCGCAAGGUUCCCUUGGCCAGGCAGAAGAAGGCGGCGGAGCGCAGCAAGCGCCUGCCGCAGGUCCUCCUUCAAAAGAUUCGUGGAGUGUAG